CAGACUGAACAAUCCCAGCUUCCUCAGCCACUGCUCUUAAGGUUUGUGCUCCAGACCCCUCACCAGUUUCGCUGCCCUUAUUCCAUUCAAGCCUUACUGAAGUGAAGCUAUACUUUCUGUGAGGUACUUGCUGACAAGCAAUCAUAUUUGCUAAAGCAAGCUGGUAUUGUAUCGUCCUCCUGCAUUGUGCAUUUGAUUGCAGCAUAACCAAUUCCUGCUUUCAUGUGUAUGUUUGUUAAAUAGCUGGCAUAAUAAGUAGACUCCUGGUACUUACAGAAAAGGGAUACAGAAUUCCUCUGUGGAGUAAUACUUUGAGCAGUUGUGUUAUUCAGUUUAGGCAGUGUAGCACGGUGCCUUAACAAGGAUAUGUGCAUAUCCUGAAUUCUACGCAGCUAUAGCUGGGUGCCCUGUAGCUCCUUAAAGGAGUUUGAAACAUUACUUUCUUCACUUUCAGAACUUCAUGCUAUGUGCUCAUUUUGCUCAUCCACAGGUGGUGGAUUUUAUAGGAUAGUGCACCUUCUUUUCUUUUUUGUCCUCCAAGACACACAGAACAAUAUUAAGUUUAAAAUUAAAUUCUAUAUGAUUUUUUUUUCCUCUAGGACUCAUUAUUACCUUAGUCUUUCUCAUCUUUGGGUUCUUCUCUAUGUCUUCAUUGGGUACAAAGCCAGAAUUGUUUUAUGUGAUGAUGGUAGAAUUUGCUGUAAGUAUAGAAGGCAGCCUGUUUUUCAAGUUGAGGCAAUGUUUUUUUUUGGUUGUUUUUUUUUUUUUUUUUUUUUUGGAGAAGAGUGAGGCUGAAGAACAGCUGAUAAGAUAUUUCAAGCAGGCUUUUUGAAGCUGGCUUAACUCAUUAAUUAUACUGGGAUGAGCACAUGAAUUCAGUACUCUAUUUCACAUUUACACUGUGAGGGUGAUUGUUCUUAUGCUCUCUGUAUGUGAUGUUUGAAAGACUGCUGUGGAAAUGCUCUCCACUUUGAAGGGAAGUAAGAAUAUUGCAAAUAGAGUACAUGGUAAGUAUGCUCAGCAGCAUGUGAUGCAGUGCCUGCAACCCAGGGAUUGGAUGCUGAGUACUUUAGAUACAGUGCCUGUGAAAACAGAAGCAGUCUGUGCCUCCAGAGCUGUCUUUACUUGCUUCCAAGUGAAAAAUAAAAGGAAGGAAGGUUAGGAAAUAGAAAGCAUUAAUGGAAACUUCAUACAGUGCCAUGAAUGUUGUAGAGUUGUUGCCUGAGCUUCUCUGUGUGCUUCCUGCCUAGCAAAGCCUGUGGCAUCCUCAGGAAAUAGAGCAGCAUGCUGCACAAACCCGUAUUGACGUUGUGUACCAUAGAUUAGUUUCCUGAGCUGUGUGUCUGUAACUGAGAUGUAAUCUGCAGUGUGCUAGGUGCUACUCUCAGGUGGGACCACAAAUCACAGUUGAAGGUCAAUAGCGUGUGGUGAAGGAAGGUGGGGGGAAAAGAAUAACACAGAAAAAUGUAAUUAAUUAAAACUAGCCUGUUUCUUCUAUGUGAAGCUACUUUUGGGAAGAUGAUGGGCUUGAGUGCCUUUGGAAAGACAAAACUCUCAACAGUCUCCUGAUGCCCAGGAGGUAGCUGUCAGCAAAGGUGAUGUUGCUUAGCUGCCUGGAGAGGAGGAAUGGCUUUGGCUGUAAAAACUGUUAAUAAUAAAAGUUGAACCUCUGGAGGUACAAUAGGUUCCAUCUUCCUGUGCAGAGCAAGCACUCAGAUUCUGGAGAUCUGAUUGUGAGGUGAGAAUCUGGGUAUCUUCUAUAAUGGUUUGGGUUGUGUGUAAUAGGUGAGUGUCCCUCAUGAGGCCUUCCCCCAGGAGAUACAGAGUUCUUAACCAGUGAAAUAUUGCUGCUACUGACCAGAGAGCAACAGGAGGCUCAGAAGAACAUUGCAGAGGUUUUGUUGUUCAGUUUCAUGUUUUAGGCGAUAUUCAGCUGGCUGCUACUGUCUGGGCUUUUGAGGUUUCAAAAGGUUAUGUGCAUUCUUUUCCCUAGUAUUUCUGUGGAGAAGGCAUUGCUGUGGUGAGCCUUACGCUUGGAUUACUUGGCUGUUUUGUUUUGUUUUUUUAAUAGGUAACCCUCUGUAACGUAGGAUAAGCUUCUCUGAAGUCCUCUGGAAUGAGAGCUAAAUUACAGAAGCUGAAAGUUAAUUGCAUAAAAAUUGCACGUGGAUUUACUUCUACAAUUAAUGGCUAUUUCCAGUGUAAUAGGGUGUAAUGUGUGGCAGCUGCAUGCCUUGUACUGUGGUGUGUGAUUUCAUUAUAUUGUGUUUUUUCCACUGUUUGGCUGCAAGGUUGCCAAGUUUCCAGCUGUCUGUGUAGGGCUGUGCCAGCCACCCCUGACACACGGAGUGACAUGUGGGGAGGCUGUGACCUUGUAUGUGGGGGUGGCUGUGGGAGGGCAGGACAGAGCCAGACUCAAUAAUACAGGGCUGCUACCUGGCCUGGAAAGGAAAACUAAGCUACUUUGUGGUAGUAGGCGUUAAAUAAACCACUGUAUUUAUCUGGGAUGAAAAACAUGCAGUGACAGCUAUACCACAGAGCAAGAUUUGCAUGAAUCUCUGGGAAAAGGUGAAUUUGAACAUCUCUUCCCACAUAUCUCUGAGCGAGACCUCACCUGCUUUUGCAACAAAUGGAAUGGCUUCCUCUUCAAACUUCAUCAGACUGGAGAACUCAAACCCUUGGUGUUCAGAAAACAAACCAAAAUGCUGUUACUCUGGGAUUUCUGAAUGACUAGAGGGCAGUAACUACUUCAAGGUAGAUAAUACUACCUGGGAAGUCCUACCGAUGUCUGAAAAAUUGCUUUACGUCUACUCAUACAAGAUUACGAAACUUUGGAACAUAAAUGAUUCUUUCUCCUUGUAGUAGAUUGUAGCAUGCCUGUUGUCGUAGAUAUAGUCCUUUUGAUACCCUGCAGAAUAGAUCUGCUUCUCCCAGGGCUGUAGGCUUUGGCUGUCUUUCUCUUUUUCAUCUCUAGUCUGCAUGUGGUGAUAAGAAACUAAGCAAUAAGGAGUUGGAUGAGUUCAGACCAUGACAGAGCAGUUUGGGGGCAUCUUUAACUCCUGAAGCUCCUUUUAAUUUACAAGUGAAAAAAAUACUCUUUUAUUAUUAUAUAUAUGACAAAUAUGAGGACGAAAGUCAGACUUUCUGAGGCAAAACUUAACGGCUUUUAAGCAAGAAGGGAUAGUGCCUCUCCUCCCUUGUUAAUGAAAUUUAAUAUUGAAACUGCAGGGCUGAUAGCAGACUUCAGAAGAGAAUGUGAAAGCUGACUUCUGCCCUGUAAAGUACUAGCCUCUCCCUCUCAGCUCCUUUACCCCUUGCAGAGGGCAGGUGCCAUAUGCAGUCAUUUUGGCCACUGCACUCCUGUGUGCAUGCAUUGGUGUCACUCGCACAGCUGCUGGUGUGCUCUGGCCUUCCUUUGUUCUCAGGGUUGUGCUUCUUCGUGCCCUAGAGUGCAGUGGGAACCCUGUGUCCAGCUAUAGAUUCAGGUAAUACUAAAAUGCAUAGGACAUCCCAAGUUCCACAUAGUAAAAAAAAACAAACAAAAAACCUCAAAACCCUGAAUUUUGUUUUUCUCCAUAAAAUCCUCCUUUUCUGAAAAGAGUAGCAAGGUUGCUGUGGUUUUGAUCACAGUUAGCCACAAGCAGAGUUAAUGACACUAGGCAGGAAAGAGACUGUAAAAGUGAUUGUUAUAGAAAUCUAUAUUUAAUCUCUCCCAGUGGCUUUUGACUUGCUUAAAGCUGUGCCAUGGCCAUUGUGAUUUCCAAGGCUAUUGAUUUCUGCGCCCCUCCUACCCACCCCACCCCCAAGUUUGGAAAUGCAUUUAAUUCUGUGAUGGUUUUGCUGGCAAUAGGUAUUUCUUUUGACGUGGAAGAAACCUAGAUUAUGGAUCUUGCUCAAAAUCGAUUGUGGGUGGCUUCUGAUGGCAUGGAAAAUCUUAUAUAAGGAUAAUUUAACACGGACCUCCUGUGUUACAGAAGGCCUUAAAAUCAGAAGCCCUCAUUCUGUUUUCAGGUUCCCUAGGAGGCUGCUGCAUCACAGGAGUACACUGCUUCCGUUGCCCUCCGAUGCAGCGUGUACCCUUUUUAACAGGACCACCAGUAAAGGAAAUGUGUGUGGGGGAGGGAGGCAAACAAUGGGAGGUAACAACUAUGAUACGAAAGCAUCAUCAAAAGCUGGCUUCUUUAUAAGCAUAAGAUUGAAGUUUCUGGUCCUAAGAUGAGACUGAUACCAACCCCUUAGUAAAUAUUUGACUUGGCAAAAGCUUAAAUUCAGAUAUUAGAUUCCUUUUCCCUCGUGCAUUUUCUGGCAGCGAGGCUGUUAAUCAGACAGUCGCUGUCUGUGUCUCCGCUCUGCUGCAUUGCUUUCCGUUUAUUGCUUGUAGGGGAUCUGAAACAGCCUUGCUGCCUUGGCAGCAGACUUGAGUCCAUAUGAAAGCUCUGCACCGAGAACAUGGGGCUAUCUAAGCAAAUUCUUGGCUCUGCUGUAGGCACUCGUUAAUUGCUCUUUUUGUGGGAGUGCUCACUCUGGGUUUCUUGCCCAGGUUCUCUUCCAUGGACAGAGCCUAACACACAGUGGUAUGUGUUGCUCAGGGCGCCACAGGUUUCACACUGGAGCGUUUUAAAGGGAUGGAGAGGGGACACUGGGGUGUGUUGUGACCUGGAUGAGUCUGGGAGCUAAUGCUGGCACUUGUUAAUCUGGCCUGUCAUUUUCCAUUUUAUUUACUUCUGGCAUUCAGUUGUCAGAGCAGGCUUUUAUGUGCUGUUCUUUGUGGCUUAGGCUGCUCAGCGCUGCUGCAAAAUCCUUCUAAUCCUUUUUUGCCAUCCAUCUCUUGCAGUGAAAACUCGAUUGACAAAGUGAUGACUUGAAUUUCAGAGAGCAAGUGAGGAUUCAGGUUUAAAAAGAAUAAAGAAGCAACAAAUAUGGCAGGUCUAAUUGGGACAAGGAACUCUUCCAAUAGCUGAAUUAGCUUGUGUGCUGUUGAGGGACUUUACCAGUACCUCCAGUCUUGCUUGCCGAAGGCUUUCAGAGUCAUGUGAUAGCCAUCACUAAGUGCUCAAAAAGAGAGAAAAGCAAAGCAUAACAAAGACAAAAUUUACCGAUCUUUUUUUUUUAAAGAGACAGUGAAACGGUAUUAAGAUUGUCCUGCUUGACCUGCAUAUCCUGUAUUGUAACUUUGCUGAGGGAUAGCAUUGUUGAAGAAGAAACCUCAGCUGAUUUGUCUUUGUUGUUGCAGCAUUGCUUUCUAACAUUCUGCUCAUUUGUUGCAGAAAGAGGUUCUUGGAUGUUCAGACCUAAACGACCUUUAUUGGUUGCCGUUAGAGGCAGAGCCUUCGGGAGCUGACAGUGGCUCCCGGAUAUCAGCUGAGACGUAAGGAUAGUCAGCACAGCACAGCACUACUGCCAAACGUCGUAGCUCCAUUAGUAGAUUACAGCAAUGCUCAGACAAAACUAGACAUUCAGCACUGCAGCUCUGGCUGGAUAAAGCAGGCUUGUGCUGCAGCUAAACAAAACUUCGGAAGGGACAUUCUCAUCUCCUCAUUCUGGCGUCUUGUAAUGAAGUGCUCUGAGCUUGAUUGUCUGGGCAGGAAUACCAGCAGCACCAGUUCUUCAGAAUGCCAAAUCUGUUUUGGGGAUAGGGCUGGAACGGUGGAAGGGGGAUGGCCGUUUUCCCUUGUGUCCGGGGAGGAGUGACCUAUUACUUCUGCUUUUAAAUAUGAAUGAACUCAUUCUCUGUACCUCAGAUACAGACCAUAUGGUGCUCCUGGUAAAAGCCGCAGAUGUUCCUCUCUUGCUGUUUUCUUUUGUUACACAAAUUCUCUUUGUUUUCUUUCUACCCUUUCUGCAGAGGGCUGUAAGAGCACAGAUCCAGUGUAUCAGUAAUUGCUCUGAAUUUUUAAAUGUGCAUUUAAAAAUGAAGGGCACAGAAGGACUCGCAUAAUGGUCCUUCUUGAGCCAUGUUUCUGAAGUGUACACGUGCAUAGAUGGUGACUGAACCCUGCGUUCUGGGUCAGUGUGCUCAGCUGAAUGGUUUCUCCUUCUGCUGUGCUGUUACUUAUGGCCUCUGAACUUUGUUCUUCAGUAUGAAUCAAUGGUCCACCCCACCUUCCUCCUGGUGGCUUGUUUUAGUUUGAUUUUAUUUGUGAAUGCAAUUUCUUUCCAAAUCUGCAUAACUUAACAUACCAGAGCAGUGUUGCUUUAGCAAGGGAGCGGGGGUAUUUCUGGAUGUAAAUGACUACCUUUUAAAAUAUAUUCCCUACCAGUAUAAUUGUUUUUCCUCUUGUUUACCUGAGUACUGUAGCAGUUCAGUAAGGGAGAGAAGGUGUAUGGUGGUGGAUUGCAGCAGAUGAGUAUCUAUGAGCGCCAACAGACCGCAGCAUUGCUCAGUCUGGCACACAGGGAUUGGAAGAUUACACUAUGAAGAGUUGUUCUCUUUGUUUGCAUGGCAGUUUUGUUUGUUUAAAGUGCUUGACACAACACCAAUAGAAACUUUGGUCCUUGCUGGUGAGAGUGACUCAUCUCCUCAGAAAUGACAUUCUUUAUAUUCCUGGGGAGGCCUUGCUGGAAAGAGGCAGCAUCCAAAGCUUUCUGUGAGCCUGCGCUGCUUUGCUGACCUGUGUGAACUUUACCUGUGCUGCUGGAACAAGUGCUGGUGUGAACUGCUGCCUUCUUGCCCGGGAGUAAGAUAAUUAUUUCUCUUUUUCUGUAAAUCUAACCUUGGUCAAAAUCUCAGAAAAGCCCUAGGAUGGAUCUUCUGCUGAGUAUGUUGAUGCAUCAUCUGCUGCUUCACUUUGCAAGGCUAACAGUGUGGGGGUUGAUAUUCCCCCUUUGGGAAAGCAUGGACUUCUCGAGAAGAGAUUUUAUCUGAUCCUUGCAGUGAAGGAAGUGGGGGCAGGUGGACGAUCCUCUCUGGGUUUGAGGGCUUUGCUGCAGAUCAUGUUCCUCUGAAAGAUAUGAUACAAAACUGUCCUACCAUCCGUGCUCAGAAACCAGCAGUCCUCUCUGGAAGACUGACUUCUCUGGGGCCGGCUGUCUUGUUUUGAGGCUAUAAGUCAUUUGUGGUGGGGGCUCCUACUGGUGUGUUUGUGCUAUGCUUCUUAGCAACUGCAAGCCCUUGGAUGCUGUGUUCUUUGAGACAAGGUAUUCCUGCAAGCAGCUUUUGUUGGAAAACACCCUGGCUUGCAGACAGUUCACAGAAGGGACCUCAAGGAUCAUGAAUCUCCAACCCCCUUGCCACAUGCAGGGCAACCAACCUCGCCAUUUAAUACUAGACCAUGCUGCCCAGGACCCCAUCCAAUCUGGCCUUGAACACUUCUAUGGACGGGGCAUCCUCAAGGUGGCCAUUUGGUCAUGCAGAGCCAGCCGUGGGCCACACUAUAUUAAAUAUCCAUUUGUAUAAGAGACUGAAACCUAGAGAACUAUUUGUCAGAGGGAGAAAAGGUGCAUCUGGGGGCACUGGGCUGAGGGCAGAGCAAUUCAGGAGUGAACUUGGGUCCUCUGUCCAACUGCUGUGUAGUUGGCCCACCACAGCCAUUGCAGUAGCCUGUUGUGCCCAUGUUGAACCACACUUUGGCUUAGCAUCAAGCCCUGAAAGACGUGUUCAGCAUCUCUUGAUCCCAGGCAAGAAGUAUAGGAUUGUUCAUAGGUUCCCCCUCUGAAAGCGACAUGGCUGAACUGGGGAACAAUUGAAAAAAAGAAAAAAAAAGAAAAAGGCAACAGGAGAAGCAGCAGGCAGUCUGAAAGUACAUCUGGCACUGGAGAGGAGCCAGUCUGCUCCUUUUUCCCUCGAGCAGGAGAUUCCUAUGUUCCCAGUUGCAGUUGUUUAGGAAAAUGUCAGACAGACAGCUGUAGGGUGGCAAUGACCCCUUGCAUGGAGGACAGUAGCUACAUUACCGAGGUGCAACACCUCUGUGCCUGCACUGAGAAGGGAGAGCAUGGUUCAGCCCUUGUGAAGCAGAGCAAUGCGUUCACACCUCCACGUAGGGUGCUGCAUGGCUGCAGCAUUAGCUUGAAAAUCCACAAAGUAACUGCCCUCAAAACCUUACAAACUCAUUUCUGUAUGCCCAGGGGUGAGUUUUUCAGUCACGAGCAGUCCUGGAGACUCUGCUAAUGAGCUCUACUGAGGAAGUAGCACAAGGAGCUGGAGGGAGAUGGAAGGUUCACUCAGGUGUGUCUGACAUGAAUUGGAGUGUGUGCAGAGAGGGUAAAGGGAUGUGGUAGUAAUCUGAAGGAACAAAAGAGAAAGGAAAGCGGAGGUGAGACCAUGUUAACGUUUGAAGAUGUGGGGAAGGAGCUGGGAAGUGAAGAGGAAGGGCCAACAGCAGUGAAGUAAUGAAUACGCAGUCCUACUCUUUGCCUUAUGAAUAAGUCUGGUUUUAUAAAUCAACAAGGAUCGAGCUUGUGUCAGUGUCUGUAGGUACAGAAAUAAAAAAGGAGUUAAAUAUUUACUGAUGUGUAGUUGAGGGAAGGAAGUCCGUUUCCAAGCAGACUUGCUUUCUAAUUCUUGCUUCUGAGCCAAAUUAUUGGCAUGUUCUGAGACAGAAAUAGCUCGAGUUUCUGAGUGACCUUUUAAUUUCCUUUUCAAUCCUCUGAAUCCACUGUAAUGAACAAAGAGAGCAUUAAGAACAGGCGUGGUGCAGAUCUUAUUGGGUGUUAGCAGCAGACCAAAAAGCUCUGGCUUUCUCCAGGGGUUAGAUCAUAAGAACCUAUUGUGAGAGUAAGACCACAGGGAGCCAAUCAUGACUCGAGUGCAAGAGGUGGCUUCUUUCUGGAAUGGGAGCUCUAGAUGUCCUUGUAGUAGAGUUGGGUGGUUGGUGUUUGUUUUUUUUAAUUCUGAGUUUAUCCAGCAACUAGCACAGUGUGCUCUGAUUCCUAGGCUCAGACUUGUGCCUCCCAUUGCCUUGCAAAUGCAAACGAGGCAGGAGGAACUCCUGAAGAUAGAGGUGCUCCUAAUCAGCCAGAUCUUUCAGGAAUUUUUUUUUUUUUUAGAAGAAACCUUGGUGGGUAAAAGAUGUGCCAUGGAAUGGUAGCACCAAAGAGCAACACAGGAUCAUCUCUUGCCUUGACUAGCCAUGGGUUGUUUCUUCUGCUAGUUAUCUUUGGUAACUUUAUUUUGGAAGCACAGGCCACAGGUUGGCUCAGCAAAUCCAAAGGACUUGCAUAUUGUCCCCAGCCACCACAACCCGAGAAUGGCGGCUACAAAUGCCACCCUAGUCCCUGCAAUGACCCUCUGACUUCAGGCAGUGUCAUAGAGUAUCUGUGUGUUGAAGGCUACAUGCUGAAAGGAGACUAUAAAUACUUGACUUGUAAGAAUGGAGAGUGGAACCCUGCCAUGGAAGUUAGCUGCAGACUCAGCCCGGAAAAGGACUCCCCGCCAACGAUUGGAGUACCCACGCUAUCCAUAGUAGCCUCCACAGCGAGCUCUGUCGCUCUGAUUCUUCUCUUAGUUGUGCUGUUUGUUUUGUUGCAGCCAAAGCUGAAGUCGUUCCAUCACAGCAGGCGAGACCAAGGUGUGUCUGGGGAUCAGGUCUCUAUCAUGGUGGAUGGUGUCCAAGUGGCCUUGCCAUCUUAUGAAGAAGCAGUGUAUGGCAGCACAGGGAACUGCAUUCCACCCUCGGACUCCCGGGUGCAAAUUGUGCUGUCAGAGGGAGCUGGGCAGAACGGAACCAGAGAGAUGCAGCAACAGGACCAAGGGGUUCGCAGUAGCCUUGAUAGAGAAGAUGAAGCCCCCGGACACUCUGGACUGUGUGAAGCUAGUGGUUCUCAGCGUUCUGAAACUGUUCUUGUGCAUCAGGCUGCUACCUCUUCCUGGGUAGCUGGGAUGGCUAGCAGUAGACCUGUACAGAAAGAACUCCAAGAUUCAGAAAGCAGUGACAUACAGAGCCUUUUAUCACUCACUUCCUCUGAGGAAUACACAGAUGAUAUUCCCUUACUGAAGGAAGCAUGAGGCCUGCUGUAUGUGUCUAGCCUUCUCGCUCUUGGACUUCUUCCUUCUCCUCUCCCUGCCUUCAGGACAGAAGCACUCUGUGCAUCCUUCCCCAUCCUCGCGAGCUGUGCCCUGGAUACCUCCAAGCAGAGAUGCCCUCAGCUGAAGAUCCAAAGGAUGUCGCCAGGUUGCCUCCUGGAUGCACCAGUGGGGUUGGUGCAGUGCUGGCUUCCCCAUUCCAUAUGCAUCAGAGACUCAAGGAACGUAGUGGAUUUGAGCUCUCUCUCCUUUUCCCCAGCCAGAUGUUUGACAGCAGUCUCUGAAGAGCUGCUCUUUUCUUGUGCCUUUUUCCUCCUCACACCGGCUUGUUGCAGCUUGGCAGCCUCUCUAGCCCUUCUGUUGCCCAGAGAGCAGGGGCUGAAACCAUUUGCUCUCUGGGUGCAGACAGUUUAUAUAUACAUAUGUAUGUUAUAUAGGCUCUUCUUCCAGCAUCCUCUUUGUAACAGAGCAGGACAAACCACCUCACUGGGACUGACACUGGCCUGGAGAGGGAUCCCAAGUGAGGGGCAGCUUGUAAUAUCUAGGAGCUCCUCAAACGAGAUAGGCUGCAAGGCAGCUUAGCUGUGCAAUAACAGUUGAGAAUUGCUAGAGUACCGAAGGCUGAGAAGUCCAAAACACAGGAAAGCCCUCUGCCCCCUUCUCAGAACACACCUCUGCAAGAGUCCUCUCCUGAAAAAUCACUUUUCUGUCCUUCCUUCACUACUGGUGCAGCCCACUUGGUUAAUUCUGUGUUUCUGGAGGCUGCGAUUGGGACUGUACUGAUGAUAAAAACCACUCUUUCAGCUUUGGUCUGGUGCCAGAGCAUCUGAUGUUAGAUUGUGGAAGAGUCUUGGGAAAUGGCCAGUGGAAAGUGUGCAGAAAGUUCGGAGGCUCUGACUUUCUGUGAAUUGGUAGCAUUCGUUUUUAGGUGUCGGGAAUGGAACCAAAUUUGUGGCCAUGCUCUUCUGAAUAAACUGUGUGUCUUACAGAGCUUUUCAAGUGAAGUUGGUUCUGCACUAAUGCUUAGGUUCCUUUGGUCAGAUCUUCAGGCAGAGAUAAUGCUUUCAGACGUAAUCUGGAAGCAGUUUGUGUGUUUGAAAUUGUCAAGAAAAACUUCCCCAUUGGUGGUGAAUGCUUAGUGCCAUUGGCACAGUCCCGAGUUACCUUCCCAGCUGCACUAGGUAUUUUGGUACUUGAGCCCUCCAUACCACCUAAGAGGCUACUAUAUAGCAAGUGUCUGCUGUUGUGUCCUGACGGGCUUCCGUGGGCUCGCAGAGAAGGGCUUCUUCAUUUUGGCUUGGGGCAACAGCACUUACAGUGUCUCUUCUAAGUACAACACAGGUGGCCCGUUGCUGCAAGAGAAGGUUGGCUACACUAACCAGAGGAUACCACAGCUUAAUCCUGAACAUAAAUUGUGGAGAUCACUUUAAGUUCUGGUAACAGGGAAAAGAAAAUCCAAAAAUAUGUAUACCUCUGCUCCCUACAGUUACCUACAGCAGGUCAGAAUAUCCUGGUUGCUGUUAAGACGACUUCAUUUUUUGCAGCAGAUCAACUUACUUUGGGGUAGGUGAACCAGUCACAGAUCUGGGCUGCCUCUUUAGAGGGAUGGUCUGGAAACUGGGUUCCAUAGAGCUGGUUUUAUUAGGAAAAGUUGGCUUCUUAAAUGCAGGUAUGUUGUCAUAACUAUCCUGAAGUAGCCAGAGAAGUAUGAGAAGUUGCUAAAUUUUCAUUUGAGUUGAAGGAGCAAAAUGCCACAGCCUGAUAUGUCAUGUGGCAAUGAACAGGUAAAUGGGGGUGUUCUUUGCUGCUUUGCUUUUGUUUUAUGAUCCUUACUGUCUUCAUCCUUGUUGCUCCAAGAUCAUGCUGUCAGACCAAUUAGUAAAAGUGACAUAACACCUUAAAAAUAAAGUAAUAUUUGCUGUGGCUUAGCUCUGGUUCCUGGAAAUGGGACUUGGCUGCAGUGUCUGGCCCUGCACCUGCUGUUUCUGAUUAGCUGCUUAAUCCCAGGGCAGCUGGGUCAGUGCGUGCCUGUGGAUGGAACAAUCAUUUUUCCCUCAUCCCUGUUCGGAGGGAUAUUAAUAAUUUAAGAAUGCAGCAUUUUCCUUCCCUGUUGCUCAUGUUCUCUUUCAUUAACACAAGGACUUGAUAAAUCCAGUUUGGUUGAUUUAGGUAUUCUUUUGUUCAGCUGAAAUGAUGAAAAUCCCAUGUUGUUUUACAGUGGGCUGUUUUGUUUCGUAUUCAAGGACUGUCGAGUGAUAAUGUUUACACAUCUCUUAUUGAAAUUUUGGAAAAACAAGAGUGGAAAUGUUUAUAUUUAGUUUUCAACUCCUACCUUAACAAUUAAAAUUGUCUCUUUCACUGGUUUUAUCAGGGCAUGUGGAGAGACUGAGCAACUGCAAGGCUGAGGAGGAGAAUAUCUGACUUUUCUAAGUCACGUAUUUUCUAAGACCUAACCAGCUCAGAGCAGGAGUUGCUCUUAGAUUCUUAAGGACCUUCCUGCUCAAACCUGAGCAAUCAGGGAAUAGAAGUUAGGCGUGUGCUGCCUUCCUGCAAGGAGCAGUCCUUUUGGCUCAUUACUGGUUUGGUGAAAGAACCCCUUAAUGAAGCUGGAAGCUGAUGCCAAGGCUGACCUUGCCCUGGAUGAGUGCCUGCUUAGCUAGCAGAAAGCACGUACUGUGUGGUCCUGCCUCUGCUCUCUGCUGUUAUAAAGUAAGCAGCUGCCAGCUUAGGAGAAAAAAAAAAAAUUCUGUUUGGGUGGGAAGAGAAGGAAGCUGCACAGAAGAGGGAGUGCUUUCAUUUUGUUUCACUUACAGAAAUUAUGGAAAACAGCUUUAGUAAUUGGGAAAAAUAUGCAGAGGUAGGAGGAAAACAAGCAAGCAUAGGUCUUGUGAUCAGGCUGUAACAGUCAGCCUCUGUUGGGCUGCUUGGGGAUGAAGCAGGAGCUCCCAGGAUGCUUUAUAUUUUCAUAUAAAAGAGGGUAGAAUGGUUGGGGGAGGAACCUAAGCAGUGACUUCUUGACAACUUUUUCCAAAUGGGAGAGGGAUUAAGGACUCAUUUCAUUUACUGGUCAACGAGUGAUUGUUACUUUUUUGUUCUUAUUCUGUGGAGGAUUGGGAAGGCCUUGGGACAGAGGUUUAGGAAGAUUAACUAAACUGAAGUAUGCUGUCUUCUCUUCUGCGAGCAAGGGCUGACAUGUAAGGGUCCCUCAGCCUGAGUCCUGCUCUUGCAGGGUUUUGGUUGUCUCUAAGAGUAUCCCAAGGAUUGUUGUCACAGGGAGGUCUCCGUGUGCUGAUGGGGUGUGUGGGGGCUCAGCCUGACAAGAUGCAGCAUAGUGGGUACCUUGCUUUGGUUUCUUUUCCACCUUUUUUCCCACCUACACCUGACAAAAAGAAUUCAGAGGGAAGUACGUUUCUUAUUUAAUGCCCCUGCUGUAAUCAUCUUACAUUGUGUCAUUUGUGCUUGGCCCCAUGAAAUGCAACAACAUUAAAAUGAAUUACAGUGGAAGAAUAAAAAUAGCACUUUUUACUUUUUUCUUUGGUAGGUUAUUUUGGGAUCCAAUAUUUAAAAAAUAAAAGGGCAAGUCAGAAAUUUAAACUGCUAUGUGCAAUAGAAAGAUGGGGACAAUUGCAAGGAGCAGAGCUUUGAAGGAGCAGCAGGCUGGGCUGCUGGAAGUAACCACGUGUUAGUUAAGUGAUGUGCAGUGCAGAACUGGGAAUGCAGGAAGGGAUUGGGGUGGGUGAGGAAGAGCUGUGGCCAAUAAGAGAAGUAUGCUGCAGGCUAAUGAUAGCCAAUGCCUUCAUGACCAGGUUCUAAGGGAGUUGUGCUUUGUCUGGAUUUAGCAGGCCUCUAGGCUUGCUGGAUAAAAGUAUUAAUGUACAACUAGUAGGACACUGAGAUCUCCUUGCUGACCUUGGAACAGGCUUGCAAAGCCUGGUUUUCAUGUUCUGAUAGCAGUUGUUCUACAGCAUCUGCCUUUUUAUUCUCUCCAGAUAUCAGAUUAAAUUGAUUUCACUUUCUGGUUUCUGUAUAUAAAUGCAAUAAACCCCUAUCCAUUUUCCACAUUGACCUCACCCCAGCCUUGGCCUUCAGCCCUUCCUGGGGAGCUGCACGUUGAACUUGUUCUUUGAGAAAACCUUUCUUUGCCGAAGAACUUUAUUUGAAAAAAUUAUUCUCUAUGAAAUGCUUUGAAACUGCAUAGAGGUUUCCUACAGCGGGUUUCAUUUUAAGGCAUAUUUUUAUACAGGAGAUGAGUCCUCCUCCAGUCCUUCACCCCUUUCCCCUGCCCUCCCAGCCAGUUGGGUGCAGGGUGUUUCCCACACAGGCCCUAUGUUCAGCACUGCUUCAGGUAGAUUGCUGCAGGUUCCCUUCACAUCCAUGCCCACCAGAGCAGGGUCCUGACGCUUUUACAUUUCUUUUCGUAGGCUCUGCUUUUGCUUCCUUCCUGGGGUAGGCACGGACAGAGGCAAUGGAGUUGUGCUGGAAAACGUUUCAGUUCUGAUUCUCAACUUCACUUUUUUUCCCACUCAAAAAGAACAGAAAGCUAAGUUGCCUAGGAAGCAGCUGUGCUGUGCUGUGGUGGGCGGACUGCUGGUAGCUGCUGGUGCGAAUGCAAGGAGAGCUUGGUUGCCUUUGGUGCAUUAAUCUUUUCUUCUUUUCCUGUAUGUGUUGGUUGUUUUUUUAAUUCUGAAUUGCACCACUAUGGAAUUAUUUGCAGAAUGGUACUCCAUAUGUAUGUGGGAUUAAAAACAAGACCGUAAUUGAUGCUGUGCAGGAUGUCACUCAAUCAGUUCUAUUUUGCUUUAUUUUAUAUAUAUUUUCUGGUAUCCUGUACAUUGCGGUGGGUGUGAAGAUAGUAUUUUAAUAUUUGUACAAAGUUUAAUUUAAUUGUUCUCUGUAUAUAACUGCAUUUCUAAAUUAAAAAAAAAAAGUUCUUUUGAA